AUGGAAAAUUCUCAAAUAUUCCAUGAUUUCUCUGUUUCAACAUCAAUUUCGAAUGAUUCUUCUUCUUGUCAUCUGAAUUCUUCAGCUGAAAAUCAGAGUUACGAAGAUAUAUUAAAUAAUUCAGUUAAUAAUUCAGAACAAAAUGAUGCUAAUGAGGAUCCAGAAUCCUAUGUGGUUGUUGGCCAAGAUUUUGAAGAACCAGUUUCAUUAGAGGGAAGUGUAGUUAAGGAUGAUGAUGAGGCGUAUGAGUUAUACAACAGUCAUGCAUUUAGGAAUGGUUUUGGUACUAGGAAGGGUAAAAAGGAGUAUAGAAGUGGUACUAGAAUAGUUCGACAACGGUUUUUUGUUUGUGCAUACGAGGGGUUUAAAAAUCCAGAUGGUGUUGUGCCUAAAUCCUUUAAAAAAAUUGAUAGGAGAACUGGAUGCAAGGCUUCAGUUCAGUUUGAUGUUGAUAAGAAAACUGGAGUGUAUGUUCUUUCUAAACAUUCCCGUCUGCAUAACCAUUCAAUGGUUCCUGCUAAUAAGAGACACCUUAUUAGGUCACAUAGGCACAUUUCAAAGGAACAAUUGGCUUUUCUUACUACUUUUACUUGUAGUGGCACGAAGCUUGCUGAUGUUCUUAGAGCUAUGAGGAAAGAAGUUGGUGGUGAGGCGAAUUUAGGGUUCACUGUUCCUGACGCGUAUGAUGCUGUUUUGGCAGAGAAGAAGAAAAAGUUGGAUGGUUGUGAUUCAAAUCAGUUGAUCAGAUGGUUCGCUAUGAGGCAAGCUAAAGAACAUGAUUUUUAUUAUGAUUUUCAAUUGAAUGAAGAGAAUCAGUUGAUCAAUUUUUUUUGGAGAGAUGGAAGAAUGCGGUCUGAUUAUGAAGCUUUUGGUGAUUUAUUGAUUCAUGAUACAACUUAUCGUACUAAUAAAUACGAUAUGAUUUGUGGGCCUUUUGUUGGAAUGAAUCUUCACACUCAAAAUAUCAUGUUUGGAGUGGGUUUUAUAUUGAAUGAGAAGGCAGGUACUUUUGACUGGCUUUUUAAUUCUUUUUUGACUUCAAUGGGAGGGAAGCAACCUGUGACUAUCAUGACUGAUCAAUCUUCUGCCAUGGACAAGGCUAUAAGGGAAGUGUUUCCAAAAUCGAGGCAUCGUUUGUGUACAUGGCACAUUGGGGAAAAUGCUGUUGUAAACAUCAAAGGUGUUAUGGCCAAAGAAGGUUUCAAACGUCGCUUUGAUUAUGUUUUGAAAUAUACUGACACAGUUGCUGAGUUCGAGCAUUAUUGGAAUAGUCUUAUGACUGAUUACAAUUGCAAGACACACAAAUGGAUAGAGAGGUUAUAUGAUUUGAAAGAGAAAUGGUGUCCUGCAUAUAACAAAGAGUGGUUUUCUGGGGGUAUUUUAUCUUCUCAAAGGAGUGAGACGACAAAUCAUUCUAUUUCUAGGAGGUUGCAUAAAACGAAUGGUUUAUGUGAUUUUUAUAAGUGUUUUUUAGAUGUAAUUGAUGAAUGGAGAAGUAAGGAGAACAAGGGAGAUUAUAAUUCUUCUACUGGAAAUAGAUAUUACGCAUGUGCGGAUAACAUGUUAUGUUUGCAUGCGCGGGAUGUGUAUACCAUUGCAAUAUAUUUGAUAUUUGAGCAACGAUUCAUCAAAGCAAUUGGUUUGAGGUGUCAACGCAUUUCCUAUGAGUUUCCAGUUUCUAAGUACAUUGUUGGGCAUCCUACAAAGGAUUUUAUUAGACAUGUUGUGAUGUUUAAUGAGCAAGAGUGGUUGUUGAUUGUACUUGCAAGUCAUAUGGAGAGAUAG